AUGCCUCCACCGCAGCAACUACCAGCCGUCGUCUCACCGUCUCUGCUCGCAUCCCUCCGGGACAAUGCGCAGCUCCCUGCGCAUGCCUGGUACGUAGUUGCCGGGGUCACGCUGUCGGCUAUCAACCGACCAGAAGAGAUUCCUAAAAUUCUCACGUCUGCCAUCGAGCAUGGGGUAGGUCCUAAGGAGAGCGGCCCACCAGCGCACGCUGAGCAGUUGCGCAUCGCGCGCAAGUUGCGGGAAGGAUUGAUCAAAUCGUUAGCGGUCGUGGGAAUGCCAAAGACUAUCAAUGCCCUCUAUGCGCUGAAGGAAGCGACGCCGGCAUCGCUUCUCGACGAGCCGUCUGUAGCAGCGCCCAGCGCGCGCCCGGCAGAGGUCUACUCCACGCCCACCGCGGAGAUCCUACAGCGUGGCCAGACGUACUUUGAGCAAGUCUAUGGCAAGGUAAGCGAGCGGGUAAUGGGACAGAUGGACAGUUCUGGGACGGAAGACCUGGGCGUGGUGGCGCGGCUGCUCUACGGCUAUGUGCUCAGCAAUGAGAGCGUCCUCACAGCAACCGAGACCAGCUUUGUGAUGCUGGCAGGGCUGAUCCCGCAAGAUGUCAAUCCGCAGUUGAAAGGCCAUCUCAGAGGAGCUCUCAACAGUGGAGCUACCAUAGAGGAAGUGCGGGCGGCACGUGAGGUCGUGAUCCGCAUCUGUGAAGCCGCUGGGAUGACGAGGCUGGAUCCAGAUGCCGGCCAUGGCUGGGGUUGGCGAGAGGACGUUGAGAAUGUCUAG